UAUGUCAUGAGUGUUGUGUGGCUAAUUGUGUACACAACCUGUGUUGUGUGUCAGUUUAUUCAGGUUGUUGUUUUCAGGUUGUGUUGUACAUUGUGUCUUCAAUAUUUUGUUGUGUGUUUGUAGGUUUAGGUCUUGUGUUGUGUGCUUGUUCUGGUUGUGUGUUGUAUGUUAAGUGUGUGUUCAUGUUGUGUGUCAAGUGUCAUUAUGUGUGUGUCAUGAGUUGAAUGUGUUUUGGUUGUGUGUUUGAAUAUGUGUUCAGGUUGUGAGGAUGGUGUGUUGUGUUGUCAGGUUGUGUGUUAAGUGUGUGUCUGUUCCUCGUUUCGGGUUGUGCCAUGUGUGUUGCGUACGUGUUCAGAUUGUGUGUGAUGUCUUAAAUGUGUGUUCAUAUUGUGUGUUAAGUUUGUGUUCAGGUUGUGUGUGUCAUGUGUUUAGUGUGUGUUCAGGUUGUGUGUGUCAUGUGUUAAGUGUGUGUUCAGAUUCUGUGUGCCAUGUGUUAAGUGUGUGUUCAAGUUGUGUUUAUCAUGUGUUAAGUGUUUGUUCAGGUUGUGUGUGUCAUGUGUUCAGGUUGUGUUUAUCAUGUGUUAAGUGUUUGUUCAGGUUGUGUGUAUCAUGUGUUAAGUGUUUGUUCAGGUUGUGUGUGUCAUGUGUUAAGUGUGUUUUCAGGUUGUGUUUAACAAGUGUUAAGUGUGUUCAGGUUGUUAAGUGUGUGUUCAGGUUGUGUCAUGUAUUUAGUGUGUGUUCAGGUUGUGUGUAUCAAGUGUUAAGUGUGUGUUCAAGUUGUGUGUGUCAUGUGUUAAGUGUGUGUUCAGGGUGUGUGUGCCAUGUGUUAAGUAUGUGUUCAGGUUGUGUGUGUCAUGUGUUAAGUAUGUGUUCAGGUUGCGUGUAUUAUGUGUUAAGUGUGGGUUUAAGUUGCGUGUGUCAUGUGGUAAGUGUGUGUUCAGAUUGUGUGUAUCAUGUGUUAAGUGUGUGUUCAGGUUGCGUGUAUUAUGUGUUAAGUGUGUGUUUAAGUUGCGUGUGUCAUGUAAUAAGUGUGUGUUCAGAUUGUGUGUAUCAUGUGUUAAGUGUGUGUUCAGGUUGUGUGUGUUCAGGUAGUGCGUGUCAUGUGUUAAGUGUGUGUUUAAGUUGUGUGUGUCAUGUGUUAAGUAUGUGUUCAGGUUGUUUGUGUCAUGUGUUAGGUGUGUGUUCAGGUUGUGUGUAUCAAGUAUGUGUUCAGGUUGUGUGUAUCAUGUGUUAAGUGU